AUGGGUAUUAAGAAACUGCCCGCCUAUAGAGACUACUGGUCCUCAUGUCCUGAUCUACAUGAUCCGUUUAUUUCAAAGUUUAUGCCUGUAAACCGAUUUGGAUGGUUACUCUCACAUUUGCACGUAAAUGAUAAUCAGUUUAUUCCAGCAAGAAAUAGCCCAAGUUAUGACAAACUAUGUAGAGUUCGGCCUUUGCUAGAUACAUUAAAAAACACAUUUGAGAAAAAUUAUCGGCCUACCGAAAACAUGGCUAUAGAUGAAAGCAUGAUAAAAUUUAAAGGCAGAAGUUACCUCAAGCAGUACAUGCCAAAGAAACUUGUAAAGCGGGGAUAUAAGGUAUGGAUGUUGUGUGCGAGUUCAGGAUAUUGUCUAAAAUUUGACGUUUAUACCGGAAAGGCUGAAAAAGUUGAAAAGAAUUUGGGCGCUAGAGUGGUGUUAGAUUUCACACAAGAUUUACAAAGUAAAAACUACAAGUUUUACUUCGACAACUAUUUUCAUAGUUAUGUGUUACAACAUGAACUUAAGUUGAGAAAAAUAAUGGCCUGUGGCACAGUAAAUAAUACAAGAAAGUUUUUACCGGAAUUGAAAGAAGAUAACGCAAUGAAAAGAGGUGAUUUUGAUUGGCGCAUGAGUAAUGAGAAUAUAUUAUAUUUGAAGUGGAAGGAUAAUAGGACAGUAUAUUUCUUAUCAAAUAUGCAUGAUCCAAAUGAUGUUGAUAUAGCCCAAAGAAGAGAAAAGGACGGCUCUUUUAUAGACAUACCUUGUCCUAAACUGCUGAAGGACUACAAUUCAAAUAUGAAAUUUUGUGGAUAA